GACGAUCAAUCCCAUCAGCAAUUACUCCAUCAGGAAAUAAUCACAGUACCAAAAACAUCAAUACUUCAGCCUCACUGCAUCAGACCAACAUCAAUCAUGAAAAAGAAAGUUACACAAGAUGCGUCACCCCCUCUCGUGCCUUAUCAAUCAAACACCCGAAAUGACGCAACCACUCCUCGCGCUUCGGACGUAUUUCAAAGCCGAUGGUGCAAUAUUGCGAAAUGCCGAUUUGAAUUAAUAAUGCAGCGCUGCUUCGCUGCCUCACUUCCGAAUUUCCGUACAGAGAGAAAUGGCGGGGUUGUUUAGUACAAGAAUUACAAGUCCUGCUAGGAAUUUGCUCUUUUCAAAUACCUUUACCAAACAAAUUACUACUCGACGUAUCAACACGGCUAUCAAAAUGGGCUCUCAACCUCAAGCAGACAUCACCCUCUACACCAACCACGCGUGCCCUUUCGCGCACAGGGCACACAUCACCCUCGCCGAACUUGGUCUCCCCGUCAGGGAGGAAAUCAUUGAUCUCAACACGCCCCGAUCCCCAGAAUACUUGCAGAUCAACCCCCGCGGCCUCGUCCCAACCAUCAUCUACAAUGGCGAGAUCAUCACCGAGUCCGCCAUCGUCGCUCAGUUCCUCGCAGAUGCGCACCCCAGCCAUCUCCUCCCCGCGUCUACGGACAAGAACGGUCCGUUGACCAGAGCGAGGGUGGCCUUCUUCGCCGAUGCGUACUCGAACAAGGUCCAGGCGCAUAUCGGCAAGGCUAUUUACAGGGCCCAGACGGAGGAGGAGGUUAAUCAGGCUGUGGACGAUGCCGUUGCUGGUAUCGUUAAGGAGGUUGAGCCUCUUCUCAAGAAUGCGGCGCCUUUUUUCAACGGGAGCGAUAAGCUCACCUUUGCAGAGGUACCCAAACCAAAGAACCCGGAAUGAUAUAGCGAUGGAUAGGUAGCUAACGAGAAACAGGUCCUUGUAGCUCCAUUCGUCAUUCGACUGCUAUCCUCCGCCAAGCACGGCCUCCUGCCAACCAAUCUCCCCUCCCGCCUCGAGAAAGAGACUCCCAACUUCUACAAGUGGGCACAAGCCAUCAGCAAGAACCCCAGCGUCCUGAAGAUCUACGACGAGGACCGAGUUGUUGAGGCAAGCAAGAGAGUGAGAGCCAAGUUUGCCAGCAAGGCCUAAGACUAAGAUCAAGGUGGGCUAUGUAUAGCCCAAGAUAAAUGACUGACCGCACGAUCCUUGCCUUCGCAAUGGGGUAUGUUAAAUCGCAAUGCAAGGAUCAAGAUUAAUGUAUCCGAAACUUGAGAGACAUUGACUGAUAUUCGGAGAGACGUUGCGAGAAUGAGUGCAAAUUGAGUUGCCCUUUAUGUUAUGGUUAUCAUGAUUUAAAAAAGUUUAAACCCGAAUAUGCAGAGCCUCCCGCUGCAUUAGUCCCAAUUUCCAGAUCUUGCAUUUCACCAAGCGCCAAUGAAAAUAUCCCACUUCCCGCCCCCCUUUCCCCCUGUCGAUCUACGACUCACCUCACCAAUGUUCCAUUUGCCAUGUUCAUAUUUAGCAACAGCUUCUCUUGAAUUCAAAUUUCAAUUCAGCCAAGAUUCCCAAGUGGAUAUGCCAAUUCGUUAGCCCGUCCUAUAUCCUAGCUCUAAUUUCAGCACUCAGGUCAAACAGUCAUGUCCACUAAGGGAAGA